CAAACUGACGCCAUCUUGUGUUAGGAGAAUUAAUAAACCUUAUUACGAAUAUAUUACGAAUCCAACCUUCAGUCUCCACUGAUUCUUCACAGUUUCGAAAUGGCGAUGUGACGUGGUUUGUAAAAAAUACUUUUAGUUUCACAUUCUGCCUGUCUGACCAUUUCAGGUAAGAGAAUUGUCACUUUGCAGACUAAAGUAGCUCAUUUGAAUAAAAACAGCAGCGGAUCUUUGUCGUCUUACCAAAUUACAAUGUUUACAACGUUGAAAUAUUCCAUCGAAGCACCAGAAAGUGUCAAAGACAUUGCUAAGGCAUUCAAGAAAAAAAUUAAAGAGAGGAUGAUAUGGCCUACAACAUCUAUUAAAAAGGCGAAAGGAGAGAAGGAGAGUGAUAUUAAUUUAGUUUUCUUUCCAAUUGUUUCUCGCACUGGAACUGACAUUGAUGCUGCUGUCAGUAAAAUGAAUGACAUUAAACCGACCAUUUUAGUCGCGCUUCAUCACAAUUUUGACCCUGAGUGCAUUGUGUCAGAUAGCAGUAAACUUGUGACAAGGGAGAACACACUUACAUUGGACUGUCUGUUCCAUGAGGAUAAAGGAUUAUUGGAGUGCAAUAGGAAUGUUCAAGCUUAUGAUAAAGCUGCAAAAUGGCUGAAACAACAAAAGAAAUCACAGAAGAAAUAAAGAAGUGGUGAACAGAGCUCAAAAGGACCUGAAGCCUCCAGCCCUGCGAGCUCCUGAAAAAUCUUCUGAAGACCAUAAAUAACAGUCAAGGCUCUAUAGGAUUGAAUGAUUUCUCACCAAUUAAUUUAAAACUUUAAAAAAAUCAGAUCGUUUCUCUACUGAAUCGUGCAGAAUUCCAAAUCCCCAUUUGUGAACAAUUCAACCGAUUCGUUCAAAAUAAGCAACUCAAAAUCAUAAUUCACUCACAAAUCAGACACAACUGCAAUGUCUUGUGAACAACUUUUACACUAAGAGAACUAUAUAGGUGAUUCAAUAUUUUAUAAUUUUCUUUUAAGGUUUUAUCAAUUACCAUGACUUUCCAGGGCCUGGAAAUCACAAUUUCAAAUUACUCAUUCAGAAAUGAGUAAUCAAUUACCAAAUGUUAUAUAGAUGCUUAAGAUGUUCAACAUUUAAACUAAAAGUGAACUGAAUGUGUUUGCCACCAGCUCAUUAAAACAUCCACCUUUCCAAAACACUGAAAAAAACCUGUCAUCAUUAGCACAUCCCAAUGUCCAUGUCAAAUAAAAUUAUCAAGAUGUAUGCAAAU